AAUUCUUCUUCUCCAUUCUCCAACAUCAGAGCGGCCUCCUUCUUCCAACCCAGCAGCGCCGGCGGACUCCUUCUUCCACAACCCAGCGGCGCCGGCGGCGCCUUCUUCCUUCUCCCACAACCCAUCAACGGCGACCUCCUUCUCCCACAAACCGAGCGGCGCCGUCGUCCUCCACUCCUCCUUCCCCUUCAACCUUUCCGGCGCGGCGGCGCCAUCAGCUACUCGCCUUCUCCCGUCAGCCUCAUCAUGAUCUGCAGGCUGCUCAAUUGUACUAAUGUCGAGCGGUGGUGCCGGUACUAGUGCAAGUAAUUCUGUGGCAAAUAGUAAAGCAAAGAGGAAAAAUGCACCGGGAAAUCGUAAUGAUCCCGGUUGGCAGCAUGGUGUAGAUGUACUUGGCACUGGGCAGAAAGUGAGGUGCAAUUACUGUGACAAGGAAG